GGAAGACCUCCCUCUGGCUUCCCAGUCAUUCAAAUGAGGGAGAUGGAAAGUGCUGUGUUAAAAUGUGUUAAUGAAUAACUCCUGAGCUCAACACUCUUUCUGAAGAGACUCCCUGUCAAUUCUUUCUUUCUUUCUCUCUCCAUUAUGCAUUUAUUACACAUCUCAAGGUCUUGUUAGUUUGCAUUGUGUUUGUAUUGAACUGGCCGAUUGAUAAUACUGGAGAAAACACAAUACUGUUUCCCUGCAAAAAAUGUUAACCAGUUCAAGAUUGUUGUAAAAACAGCUGAGAACUACCCUUAAUAAUCAUGAUGGAAAAUGUGCAUUAUCCAGGUGAUAUGGUGGUGGCUUGGGAUUCUGCAUGAGCAUUCCUUCAUUUCAUACCAGCUCUUAGCAAACUGUAAUCUCAAGUGAAUUCACAUCAGUUGAUUCUGACAUGAACAAUUCUUGUUUGAGCCCACUACUCAAACACUUGAUGGAGGGACCCCAUCAGUUGACUUUCCACAACUAUUGAAUGCAACCUUCGACAUUUAACCUCUUGUUAGACCAAGUGCUCAAGGUGCUUGUUUAGGUUACAUCCAUUCUUAUACUUACACUGCUUUCAAACAAAAACCAUCUCUGGGCAUGGGUGUACUGGUGUAAACAGGAAGCAUUUGGUUGUUACUUGCAGAAUUGUCGCAGAUUGCAGCUCGUCUCCAACACAUGUUAACAGUGGUAUUAUUGUUCAAUGCAGAAUUUAACUAUGCAACAGCUGGACAAGCAACACUUGUAAUUGAUAACCCUAGUUGCGUUCUACCCCGGUAGCAGAGACUAAUGCCAGUUAUUUUCUUCAGGAAGGGGGUCAUGUGACAGGAACCUGGAGAGCUGAUUUGACCGAAGAGACGCAUUCUACAUCAUAGUUUCCAAACAUCUCAGUUUUUAAACAGAACCAUAAGACCAGGGGUUUAUUUUCUUGAACUGAUGAAAUGAUUAGACCCAUCAGGCAGAAAAUGUGCUUUUUUAUGUCAGUCCUCUAAGUCUCAGUUUCUGCCAGUAGUUUUCAAGUAGUGUAUUUGUAUCAGUCGAUGUAUUGAGCAUGGAUGUAGCAUUUACAACACUUCACAUGUGACAUCACACUGACAUGUAAACAUAAAUGUAAAUGCAAGUUAACUGAAAAUAACAGACAACCUUCUUCUUCUUCUUUUUUAUUUUUUAUUCUGCAUUCAAUUGUAUGUAAUGUGCUGAUCCUUUGGAUGAAAGCACAGAGUGUUUUUACAGACAUUAUAUCCGCCCUGCUGCUGCCCACAGCAGUGACAUCAUUAGUGGAUAGCAACCAUAGAUGAAACAACGCACAACACCACCUCCACCAUGUUGGACUGGUGUCACACUGUUCUUUUUCUGAUCUCUGUCCACAAGUCUACAGGUUAUUACUUGUAGUAUUUCGCAAACGUGUGUAAAGCUCUCAGGUAUAAGGCGGUCUAUAUUCUUUCCUACCCAUAACACAUAUAGUUUACAUUAGAUUAAUGUAACAAGUGCUGCGUGUGACUCACAGCCUGAUAUAGCUACAGCUUACUCCUCUGUGCCACAGAGCAUCAUUGUUGUCAUAACUAUUAAAAACACAUCAGUGAGUCACACUGUUGCACUCAGUGACAUGUUCCAUCAUCCCCAUGAACAGACACACUGCAGUUUAUUUUGACUCUAUCCCACAUACACCAUCCUGCUGGCCCAAAUACACACUAAUGCUCCAAAUGUGGAUCCAUCCGCAGCUGAAAAUAGUCCCUGACAAAUGUUGUAUUUUCUCCUGUUUGCUCAAAACAACAGUGUUCAAGUUCUUCCAGGUAAUUCAGGAGAGACCAGCAGACUUGAGAAGGAGGUGUGAAACAUUUGUCUCUUUUCUCUUCGGUAUGAAAAAUUAUAAAAUAUUUUCAGCUUUACAUUGUAAGCUGGGACAUAGCUGAGCUAUCAUUGCCAUGUGCAGGUUUACAAAGCUUAAAAACAGUGAAUCCAAAUAGUCAAAGACAAUAUAGAAGAAGCAUAUCUUACACACUUUCUGGACGGUCAGAAAUAUUUAUACAUGUGACUUGUUGAACCAGGAAAACUGCUUUCCCACAUGCCCUGUGCUUUGCAGGACAGAGUGGGCGCGUGACAGAUGCAAACAUGAGAAAGAACCCCCAAUAAAUACAAAUAGGCUAAAUACAUAGAAGACACGGACGAAUAUGUCAACUUGUGAAGACAAGAUCCAUGGUGUGUUGACGUACUGUAGACAAAAACAUGUGAUUUCCAUACCGGGAUUUAUACAUUACGUUUUGCAUCCUACAUGUUGCACCACCCUUCACCUGAUUACUCAGGAGAUUUCCGUGGUGUUGUGAAUACGUCUGAUUGGAGAAUCUCCUGCUACAAUGUUCAUAUGUGAGAGGAAAACUGGGUGGAAGUUGUGCGGACAUUAUAAUGUCUGAAAAUGGCUGAUAUAUCAAUUAAUGAUGAUAGACAGCUGAUUUUUUAUAGCUAUUAUAGCCAGAAGUAAAUUGUUGAUGGUCAAAAUGUCACAGUGUAGAUAUGUUCAGAUUAUAUUAUCUACACAAAGUUUUCUUAAUCAAGUGUUAUUUUAUUUAUUAAGCUAUAGAGCAAUCCUACUAUUCUGAUACCUCAGCUGUGAGGACCACACUGUGUGUAAUCCUUUGGGACCAUUUAUUACAGAGGUAACAUGAGGCCAGGGCUUCUGUGACAUAAACACUGUGUUGGCAGAGACUUAAGAAAGGUUGCAGCAAGAGGAAACACAGGGCUUUACAAUGACACUGACAUAGAAAGUGGAUUUCAUGUCAUGCCAUGCCUGCUUCCUGGUGUCAUUUAGUGUCGGUCAGGAGAAGAUGUUUUCAGACAUGAACUCCGAAGAAUGUCCUCGCAUUUGGGUCUGGACUUUCUCCGGAGGUUGCCUGUCACACAUGACCAACAGAACAGUCACUUCUGCUGCGGGAAUUGAUGUGUUUUUUGUUUACAGCAGAUCGGCACUAUAGUGUCAGCCCUUAUCAUCAAACGCUCUCUUGACAUCUUCCUCUGUGUCUUCUACAGGACAAUAAAGAUGCAGAGCUGUAUUUCCCACUCACCCCCAACCAUAGCUGUUGGGACUGGGUGAGGAGGAGAGAAGACAAGAGGAGAGAGAAGGAGAGGAGAGCCUGACGCAUAGUGAGCGAAGGGAAGUGCAGAGACAAAAAAAAGACAAGUAGAAUCAUAAGAGAUUUUGGCUUACCUCCAUGUUACUGCUUGAUCUUCAGCCCUUCCUGUGAGCUGUCAGACGCCUUCUUUUCCCACAAAACCCCCACAACUUCCCACGUUGAGCCUGUGAGGCAGGGGAGCCACAAGUGAGUUUUCAUGGCAGCGGCACUCUAGGGCUGCCAUGGCAGCUGCUGCCGCCGAUGCCUCACACCGUAUUACCGCACUGACGCUGGAGGAAGAGGGACGACGGACCGCCGUCAAACUGUUUGGGAGCGCCGCCCCGCUGCCACGGACAGAGAGAGAGCGAGAGAGGGGGAAAGAGAGAGAGAGGGAGAGGGGAGGAGAGGGCGAAGAGAUAGGGAGAGCGAGCGAGAACGAGUGUUUGGUGUGCGGGGCUCUGUUCGCCUCAGAGGAGAAGCUGCGGGUCCACGCCCUGAGUCACACGGGAGAGAAACCCUUCCGCUGCUCGCAUCCACACUGUCCCAAGGCCUUCAGCUCCAAAUACAAACUCUUCAGGCAUAUGGCCACACACUCUCCACAGAAGACCCAUCAGUGCUCAUUCUGUGAGAAAAUGUUUCACCGCAAAGACCACCUGAAAAACCACCUGCAGACCCAUGACCCCAACAAGGAGGCCUUCAAGUGUGAGGAGUGUGGGAAGCACUACAACACCAAGCUGGGAUACAAGCGUCAUAUGGCCAUGCACUCUGCCACGGCAGGGGAUCUCACCUGCAAAGUGUGCAUGCAGAGCUACGAGAGUACGCCUAUUCUGCUGGAGCACCUGAAGAGCCACUCCGGGAAGUCGUCAGGCGGCACCAAGGAGAAAAAACACCCGUGUGACCACUGUGACCGUCGCUUCUACACAAGGAAGGAUGUGAGACGGCACAUGGUGGUCCACACAGGCCGCAAGGACUUCCUGUGCCAGUACUGUGCCCAGCGCUUUGGCAGGAAGGACCACCUGACACGCCAUGUGAAGAAGAGCCACUCGCAGGAGCUGAUGAAGAUCAAGACAGAGCCACCAGACAUGUUAGGUCUUUUAGCUUCCGGAUCCCCGCCCUGCUCUGUGAAGGAGGAGCUCAGUCCAAUGAUGUGCGGCAUGGGUCCCAACAAAGAUCCAAUGAUGGGCAAACCUUUCCCCAGUGGGGCCCCUUUUCCAAUGGGCAUGUACAACCCCCACCAUCUCCAGGCAAUGUCUAAUACGGGGGUGGGUCACCCACACCCGUCCCUCAUGCCCAGUUCCUUGUCUGCAAAUAUGGGCAUGGGCUGCCACAUGGAAUCCCCUGGACCUCUUCACCCACUCUCCCAUCACCAUCACCAUCAUCACCACCAUCACCACCACCACCAUUCCCCUCCACUGCCUACCCACCACCAGUCUCCGGCUCCCCAGCAGCAUCACCAGCCCCAGCAAGCCCACAAAUACCAGCUGGGAUCUACCUCAUACCUGCUGGACAAGCCCUUGAAAGUGGAGAUGGAGAGCUUCCUCAUGGAUCUGCAGAGUGGCUUGCCAUGUCCGGUUUCCUCUGUAGAGCCCCACGCUGCUGCCUCGCCCCCCAAGGACGGACUGGAGCCCACCUCGGGCCUGACGGAUGAGCUUUGCGGGGAUCACCUCCUGUCCAAGAGUCCUGCGAUGAUCGCUGAGUCUCUGUGUGCUGCUAACAUGGACUUCUCCCAUCUGCUGGGGUUCCUGCCCCUCAACCUGCCUCCCUACAACGCCCCCAUGAACACGGGAGGGCUGGUAAUGGGCUACACCUCAUCUGCCACCUCCUCCUCUUCUUCCUGCUCCUCCUCCUCAUCUCUGCACGCUGCCGAGCCUCAUGCGGCAGGACCUCUUACCUCUUUGCAACCGCAACCUCAGGAGCAGCAGAGCUCCGGUGGGGGUCUGGGCCUCGGACCCAUGCACCCCCUCCCCCCAAUGUUCAGCUCCAGCCUUAGUACCACCACACUGCCUCGCUUCCACCAGGCUUUCCAGUGAGAGAGAGCCGGCCCUCGGCUCAGCCCUGCGCAGCCAUGCCUGCCUCCAUGCCUGCCUCAGCUCAACUUGGAUAUUCUGGGUGUGUUGGAGAACUUGAAUUUAUAAACAAACAAAUGAACACUUAGAAGCCUUAAAUGAAAGUGAACAGAAGCUUUUGAUUGAGCCUUAAAAGGAAGUGAAACCCCUUCGAGCAAAAAAGGAAAAGGUGAGAAAAGAAGAUGAAGCAGCUUUUAUUUGGGCUUUCUCCCCUUAUCCUAUAGUUAUAACGACGUAUUAACCCUUCUUUUUUAAUUCCCUUUUACCUCAACUUUUAUCCCCCUUCCAUCCCCUAUUUAGUAGUAUAGAGGGCAGGAUCAGUAGGCCAAAAGGCAUGGUACUGCAUACUUUAUCAUGUAAUAAUUAAAAAGUCAAAGAUAUUUUUAGUGAAGAUUGUCUGUCUUGUUGUGACCCAGAAAAAAUAUAGUUUGAAGUGGAUAUUUAGUUUUACUUUAUUUUUCCUUUCCAAAUGUAAGAGCAUUGUAGAAUGUGUCUCAUCUUGACUGUUGAACCACCCGUUGUCAUGACGAGUACAGAGAGGAAGAGAUCAGUGAAGGAAUGAAGUGAGAUAGCCAACGAUUGAGCCUUUGCUCUAAAAUCCUCCUCUUAAAGUAUCAGGCUCGAGCCACAAAAGUGCCAAUUUGAUAGUAGACCUAAUUAUUUUCUUUGAACAACUGAUGUGCUCCUAGAGUCAGGUCGGUUUCGAUGGAAAUAGUUCACUAAAUGAAGAAAAAAAAACGAGGACCUGCCUCCUCUGGUUGCUGCCAAACACAGAGACCCACACACACUUUGAAAAAAAACAGGAAGAAAUCUGAAAGUGUGUGAGAUGGUUGACAUGGUUGUAUCAUCAUGCUGGCUUCUUUUCUUCUUUUUUUUUUUACUUUUCCUCAAGAGAAGCACUUUUUUCUAGCAGACGGCACUUCACCUUUAGGAAUCUCCCCAGGAAACCUUUAGUCUCCUCACUUGUGACUUCCAGAGGUUUUCACUGCCUGAGACUCGUGGUUCCUUCAAAGACCCAGAAUCCAUCUGGGUCCUUUUGUGAGGACUCUUCUUCCUUCACCCGUCUUCCCUCUAACAGUUAUCUUUUUAAUUUUAAACUUCCCCCCGAUAACGACGUACUGCAGCCGGCACUCGGCUGCCUGACAUAUCUAAAACAUAGGCUAUAUUUUUGGAAUAUAACAGACACAUCUUUACGCAGUCUUUUAAAAAGAUGCAUCAUCAUCAUAUUAAUGGUGAACCCUGACAUAUGUGAAUGGCAAAGAACAAGAAUAACAGUGACAGAUGAGGAAAAAUGUGGUAAAGAAUGUUAUUGCAGUGUACGAAAUAUCUCAAAAAUUAAUAUUAUAAUUGCUUUUAUCUCAGUAAGGUGUAUUUUAGGUAGAUGUAUUAAAACUAAGUGAUGAUGUUUAUGAUGUCUGGCAGGUUUACAUUUGUGUGUAUCUUGCAUUUUUUUUGAUCAAACAAAUGGAUGAAGUAUUAGCUUUUUCCCUUAUGCUUUCUCUGUCAUAUCCAGUCUUUACCUUUACAUGUACUUGAGAUAGUAUAGUGGAUCAGAACUGUGGAUGGGAAAUAUCUAUAGACGGCUGUUAGUGGCUUAAUAAUCAAGUAGGAUUUGAACUAGAUUGUGUUGUAGGGAUGCUGACGUGGAUGGCCUAUGGAUUUAUGACUGUAGGUCUUUAUCUGGUAGAAUAUGUAAAUCCCAGAGCAGGUUUCACUCCGAGCUCAGUGGUUUUGGAUAUCUCGGAGUUUAGAGCCUUUUUAACCAUUCACCACCAGCCUUUAAAAACCUGAGCCCAAAGUUAACCCUAAACCUCAAAGUGAAACAGGUGCUCCUUUAGCAGUGUUUGUCCUGUCCGUGGCAUGACAAACACAAGUGACAUAUCCACGAGUUCACACAGGGCGGAGCUCCUGCAUCAUCUGUGACAUCAUCUGUCACAGGAGGAGCCCCGCUCACUCCGCCUUUAGCAGACUGGACUGAAAAAGAACAAAGAGAAGAAAGAAAAAGAAAAAAAAAGAUAGCACAUGAACAAGGACAUAUAAAAUACAUAUUGCUGCUUUUAGCCACGGUUGAUGAUGGACAACAACUGUAGACCACUAGAUCAUUUCAAUCUUUUGCAAGAUUAACAGCGAGCUGAAAACAUGCACAAACAGACCCGAUGAAGUGUUCAUCAGCCCCGGCCUCCCCCAACCCACCCCAGUCACCCCCAUAUUCCUCCUCCUCCUCCUCCUCCUCCUCUUCUCUCAGCUGCUUUGUAGAGUCAAAGGAAAAGGGUCUGAAAAUACAGCGAUAUCUGGAAGAAUGCAGUCACUGAAAUUCCCGAGGCUUUGACAUUCAAAGCACAGGGGGAAACACGACUGACUGCGAGACUUGCAGUAUCGCUCAUAGUCAUAUAUUUGUUUUGUUUGUUGUCAUAUGAUAUAUUAUUUUCUGUUUGUAUAAAACAGGACCUCGAAAAACAACACAACACAUCACCUCAUUUUCCUUUGUUUUAUUUUAUUUUUUCUUACCAAAACCUCGGGAGAAGAAACUCACACUUUUGCGCAAUUGCUUGUAAUCCGAUUUGUAUACUGUAGGAUAUAAAAAGCCCCACCAUGAGCAGCUGACGGCCCCUGAGUGGUAGACAGGUGAAUAUUCCCCUCGGAGCAUCUGAAAAUUCAGAAUCACCAAGCAAUGAUGUUCCUAACAGUCUGACUGUUUAACCACAUCUUCAUCGCUGAAAUCGUUGAUUUUAUAUUCAGAGUUCUGAACUAAUUUGAACCUUAUUUUACACUUAUUAGUCUCCCCCCUGGAAGGUCAUUAUUUUGAUGAUGACUCUUGUAAAAACGAUCAAACUCGUCAUUAAUCCUAAAUCAAUUCGCUGUCGGCACCUUUCUGAUAAAUUUACCUGAUAUAUAUAAAAAAAAAAGAGCCAAGAUUCAAAUUUGAUUUUUGUUAUGAGUUUAAAAUGUGUAAAAUCCUCCUGGCUUAAGCCAGAUUUUUAGCAAUCAAAUUGAGCAUUUAUGUUUUUGUAACAACGACUCAUUUAAUCCUAAAAAAAGGGUUAAGGAAAAGUCUUGGGCAUGUAUUAAGUUUGUCCUCCCUGGGUUUCUGUGAGCUAAUCUGAAUUCUAGCACUUUCAACCUUUAAAAGAAAAAGAGUAUUUUUUUUUUCAUUUAAAAUUUCAGCUUAUAUGUUCAUAUGUUUUUUAAUUUUGUAUUGAUCCUGUACAUGUAUGUGCCAUUAGUUUGAUGUGUAGACUUUAUCAACCUUUGUGUAUUUCUCUUCUCCAAAAGAAUAACAGUAUUUUUGAUAGACUUCUCACUAAUAUCCUUCUUCAUACGAGCCCCCUGCCCCUUCUCCUCUGAAGCUUUUGUUUUGGGAAACCAGCUUUGCCUUCUUUCUCAUAAAUUUAUAGAAUCAAACUCUGCAGCCAAGUUCUUGAAGAGAGCAGCAGCGACGUGUCUGUUAUUCUGAGGCGAUGACAAGCGAUAGUUGUCGAAGCCACAACCUGACCACAAGCUUCCACUGAGACUGUUGCAACCGAGGCACACCUGCAGGCCAUUUUUAUACAUUGUAACUGAACAAACAUCUUGUCAGGAGUGACCCCAAAAUAUAAGCACUUAAAGCAGACCGCCCUGGUCCCUGCUAACAGGAGCAACUUCCUGCUUUAAUGACUCAAUUGUGUGACUGAGGCCACCAUGUUGCAGAGGAGGACACUUCCAGUUCUAACAAAUAUAAUUUUAUAUUUUUUAAGACAGAAGUGAAAGUGUGUGGUCAGACUGUGCUCGUAGCUGGAACCACCGACACCAUCAGAACUCACAGCUAUGGUCUUUAUUUUAUUUUCAUAUUGACCCAGGACUGGGUCAGUCAUUAAUCAAUCACAUCCCGAUGUGUAUGGGAACCAAUUACUGAAAGAAAAAAAACGAAUCAAACUCAAAUUUACAAAAUACAGUAUCAAGUUAAAAUGAUUGACUGUUUUUAAAUAAUCAUUAUAUACAAAAUUGAAAUUUGCUUUAAAAAAAAAUUAUUGGUAUCAUAAUUUAGAUUUGGUUUAUAAAAAUGUAUGUCAUGAAGACAAACAUUUGACGCAGCAUUUCUGACAUUUUGCAAAGACUCAUUUGGAUUUAUUGACUCAAAUUUCUGUUUUAUAUUACUAGGCACUAGGACAUCAUUAGCAAAUUCAGUGACUGGAAAUUAAAGUAAAUUGCUUUGACUUCUCAUCUGCUACUUUGUCAUUUUAAAUGUAUGACAUCAUAAUUGAGAGUUAAGCCUUUCAUUCAGUUGUGAAAAAGUUUAUUUUUUAAUAAGCUUCCAUACACAAGCUAACAUGAAAAAAAGCUCACACAAAACCAGUGCGUCAUGUUGCUCUGUUCUGUGGCUCGGCUGUAGAUCCAUUACCUCGACCUGCACCUGCUAGGGAUGCACUUAUCCUCAACUUCUCCUCUUUACUAGUAGGUGCAGAGCAAAAAAAAAGUUAAGGGAAUUUUUUCAUCAGUUUAAGCCUGAAAGACUGAUUUGAUUUUAAUAAUGCUUUCUCGCUCUCUCUCUCUCUCUCUCUCUCUCUCUCUCUCUCUCUCUCCCUCUCUCCCUCUCCCUCUCGUUUUUGCUUUUAGUAAGAAACUGGGUACUGUCUGGUGUAGACAACAUCCAUGUGUAGUUUUAUAUAUUUCUAGCUUAAUGUAAGUCUUGCAUUCCAACCUCUUUGUGUAUCUCGUUUAGUGACAUAGCCCUUUAUUUUUUAUCACUUGCUAUAACAGCCACGUCUGGAAUAAAAAAAAAGGUGAAUUAAGGUGAACAAAAAUAGAAUAUUUUGCAUUCACUGACACUAUUUUAUAUAGCAUGGAGUUUAUCAACUACAGGGAGAAUUAUAUAAAUAAUGUGCUUCAGAUAAAGGAAGAAAACGAGAAGAAGUCUCGCUUUUUUGUUACAUAUCUCACAUGCAAUCAGUUGCUGCAAUGUAAAAGUGACAGAUUUGUAUAUUGGUUGAUCCAAAGAGAUGAACACAACAACAGAACUAUUGACUUAUUGUACAGUACAGUGUAUCUUUGAGAUGUCAUGUGUUAUGUUGAAAUGAUUAAAAGACAAACCAGCGGUUUCGUA